CGACCGAUCACAUGCGCGACUGACAUCAGUGGAGAAACGGCAGCAGGAAGAUUGAUUCCACGGCGAACGCGGGGGGUCCACGGGACCACGCACGGACGCGACCGCACGCGCAAACUUGUGUGCGAACAUCACUCGCCCGGACCGCCAUGCUGCCCUUGCGGUCCGCGCCAGCUUCGCGCUGCGCGCCCUGACCAGCCGACGAGAACCUUUUCCCGCGGAAUCGGGGGGACAAAGGCGGGCGCGCGUGCGGGCGUACUAUAAGAUGGAGGUGCUUCUCGAGGGUGGGCCCCGUGAGCCCCUGCUUCCCUCGCUCUACGCACCGCACACGCCGCCGUCCGCCCGCGACGAUGGGGAUUCCGACAAAUCACAAGGCCAUCCUUUUGGCUACCUUCAUCGCGUUCGGCGGGUUCCUCUUCGGAUACGACAUUGGAGUCAUCUCAGGAUGUCUUAUCAUGCCCGACUUCGUUGGGCGGUUCGGAGAGGUCGGGUCUGACGGCGUCGCAGUACUAUCAAGCUCGCGACAGUCCAUAAUCACGUCUCUCCUCUCAGCGGGCACGUUUGUCGGUGCGAUCGCCCAGGCCUUCACCUCCGACCGCUUCGGUCGUCGCGGUUCCAUCCUCAUCUGGUCUGGCAUCUUCACCAUCGGCACCGCCAUCCAGACCGCGACCAUCCGCUCGAUUGUACAAAUCACCGUUGGCCGCUUCAUUGCGGGUCUCGGAGUGGGAGCACUGUCAGCUAUCGUUCCUCUCUAUAACGGAGAGACCGCGCCAAAAGCGAUGCGUGGAAUGCUGCUCGUCUUGUACCAGCUGCAAAUUAUCAUGGGCAUCUUCCUGAGCUACAUCAUCGACCUUGGGACCCACACCAUCAACGGCCCCGCUUCCUGGAGAAUCCCCGUCGGACUCCAGAUGCUCUGGGGCUUCAUCCUCUUGUCGGGUAUCUUCUUCCUGCCCGAGUCUCCCCGUCAUCUUCUCGGUACGGGCAGGGCAGACGAAGCUCGCCGCGUCGUGGCGGAGCUUAACAGCCUACCUGUGGACGACCCAGUCGUAAUCGAGACCAUCGAGGAGCUCGAAUUCGGCAUCCGCGCGGAGAACGACGGCGGCAAGGCGACCUGGCUUGAGUGCUUCUCGACGCGCAACCAGCUGUGGAAGCGUACGAUCAACGGCAUGAUGUUGCAGUUCAUUCAGCAGCUGAACGGCCAGAACUUCUACUACUACUACGGCGACACGUUCUUCAAGAGCGCAGGCACGAACCUCGACCCCUACUCUAUCCAAGCGAUCCUUGGCGGAAUCUCAGUCGUCGGCACGGUUCCCGCGUUGUACCUUAUCGAGGCCUGGGGACGUCGAAACUCUCUUCUCACCGGCUCGAUCAUGGAGGGCGUCUGCGCGCUCAUCGCCGGUCUCGUCGGCCACUUCCUGCUCGCGCCGGCGGGCACACCUGCCGACCAGCUCACGGCGCGCAACAAGCAGGGCGGCGACACGCUCAUCGCCUUCGCCGUCCUGCACGUCUUCUCGUUCUCCGUCUUCUGGGGGCCCACGCCGUGGGUGUACCUCGGCGAGAGCUUCCCGCUGCGCGUCCGCCCGAAAGCGAUCGCCCUCGGCAGCGCGACCAACUGGCUGUGGAACUUCCUGCUCAGCUUCUUCGCGCCGCGCAUCGCGGAGAAGAUCGGGCCGCUCAUCCUGCUCAUCUUCUUCGGCAUGCUCGUCUUCGGCUACGUCUACGUCUAUCUGUUCAUCCCUGAGACGAAGGGCCUCAGCCUGGAGGAGGUCGACGAGAUGUACCGCUCGGGCGUGAAGCCGUGGAACUCGCCGAGCUGGCGUCCGAGCGAGAAGCACAUACACGACAAGGGCGACACGACGACGGAGGUGCGCGAGGUGAAGGAGAAGGACGAGGAGAGCGUAUGAGGCCCAGGGCGGCGUCGACGUCCGCGUUGACGAGCUGUUCACGAACUGUUAUUCCCCUGCACGACACGUUACCCUUUGGAUUUCACGCAUGUUGUAUUAACAGUAGCUUUCGAAAUCGCAUUUGUACCUUUCGC